AUGAGGGGAGGUGUAAGGGUUAGAGAACUUCAUGAGUACCAGUAAUUAUAGGUAAACUAUUCUUUCCUUCAAUGGGUUUCUUACGAAGUGACGAUGACUAAGUAGAAGCUUGAAGGCUGGGAGGUGAGAGAGCGGGUGAGGCUUCAACAGCUGACUCAUCCGAUGUAUUUAAGGCUCGCGCAGAACGACAGAGGGGGACACUCGACAAUCGUCUACCAAGAGGACUUGGUCCGGGCCUGGACCUCCACCUCGCCUCCCGCGGACGUCGCCUCUGGGCCCUGCUCCUUCCUAUUCACGAUCCACGACCGGACUGAUCUCUGAUUAGCUACGGUACUAAUAAACUGAUAUUCACUACGGCUUCUAUGGCAGUCUCACUGAAACACGGGAAUGGUAAACGUCGACAACAUUAGUGGUAGCAGCGAGUCCGACACCAAGGAAGGCAGGUGAGUCCACCUUUCAAUUGGCUCUGUUGAGCCUGCGAACGAGGAUGAGUCUGGCCACCUCAUUUCGUUUCUGCGGGCCAGCAUUAGCCAAGAGGCCAGGUUUACAGCCCUCUUUUUCGAUCUUUCUUCUCUUCACAAAUUUCUUUUCGCCUUUCCUGUCCUCCUAACUUUACCGCGACUAUGGGGUCACAUUAUGAGUAAUUUAAAGGAGCACGCGCCGCCAGCAUGA